GAACUUACUUUUUGUUCACUUCGAUUCGUCACACUCUACAACAGCAAUUGUCACCGUUAAUAUAUUCUAUAUCUCUCAGGUCAUACGGGAAAAGAUCUGGAAAAAGCUAUACCGUCGCCACAAUGCCGCGCACCUGCUCCCUCAAUCGCGAUACCAAUGAGACAAAGAUCCAAGUCUCCAUAAACCUCGACGGCGGCGAGCUCGCACCCUACGAGCACAGCGACUUCUGGGCCGCCUUUGACAAGGAAAACCUCAACGGCGAAGGCGAAAAAGUUGAUAAAGACCAUGCAACGCAAAAGUCUGCGUCCCAGGAGAUUUCCGUCGACACCGGCAUCGGCUUCCUCGACCACAUGGUGCACGCCCUCGCCAAGCACGCUGGCUGGAGUCUGCAAAUACGGUGCAAGGGCGACCUGCAUAUUGACGACCACCACACAAGCGAAGAUACUUUUCUAGCACUGGGCACGGCGUUUAAGAAUGCGCUGCAGGGUAGCACCGGAUUGGCCCGCUUCGGACACGCGUAUGCGCCGCUCGACGAGGCGCUGUCACGCGCUGUCAUUGAUCUGUCGAACCGACCAUACAGUAUCAUUGAGCUGGGACUCAGGAGAGAGAAGAUUGGUGAUUUGAGCUGUGAGAUGAUCCCGCAUUGUCUCCAGAGCUUCGCUCAGGCGUCGGGUACCACGCUUCAUGUGGAUUGUAUACGAGGAGAGAACGACCACCACAGGGCAGAGUCAGCUUUCAAGGCACUUGCAGUUGCCAUUAGGCAUGCGACGACGGUGGUGAAGCAGUGGGAGGGUGAGGUUAGGAGUACCAAGGGCGUGCUGUACUAAAGUGGAAACACCUUGAAAAUAUGAAUACAAGCUCCGGGAGAGCAUGUUGAAUAC